AUGCCACCAAACCUUCGCAACCGCCGAAACAAUCCCCCGGACUCUGCACAGCCUCGAGUCGUCGAAGUGGACACCGACGAAGAAGCCGAAAUCACACGAGCGACAGCACAGCAACAAGAGCGGAACCAGAAUGAAAAGGCAGGACAAGGAAAACACAGCAAAGGAAAACACAGCAAGGGAAAAGUUUACAAGACAGACGCGGAUGAUGACGAUGAGGAAGCUGGCAUUUCGCUACUCGAUGUCAUCCGUGUUAUCGUGACCCUGGUGGUUUUGGUUGUUGGGUUGAGCUACUAUGUAACUGCUGGCGAGAGCUACGUCUGGGGAUUCGAAAGCCAGCGGCCUUGGUGGAUGCGAUAUAAUGGCAUCAAGCAAUUUCUCAAAGGACCAGUCAACCUGACCCCCUCCGAACUUGCUCUCUACAAUGGGUCUGAUCCUUCGCUACCGAUCUACCUCGCUCUCAAUGGCACUAUCAUUGACGUCUCCGCAAACCCUAGUAUCUAUGGACCCGGCGGUGGCUAUCACUUCUUCGUCGGCAGGGACGCCUCACGAGCUUUCGUGACCGGCUGCUUCCAAGAAGAUCUUACCAAUGACAUGACGGGUGUUGAGGAAAUGUAUAUUCCCAUCGAAGACGAUGAUGACUCGCAGCAUGAACGGGCUUUGACAAAGGGAGAGAAACAGCGUCGUCAUGAAGCAGAGGUAAACGAGGCACGAGAGAAGGUGCGCGCACAGGUCAGUCACUGGGUAGGGUUUUACUCGAAUCAUAAAAAGUAUUUCGCCGUCGGUCAUGUGAUUCUAGAGGAUGACGAAGAUAGGGAGACAGAGAAGCUGGUGUUGUGUGAAGGGGCACAGCAUAACAGACCCCGAAGGAGUGAGCUGAAUAAACAGCUCUGA